AUGUCGACAACAAUGGAUGAGCAAGUAGAAGCAAACCCAUCAUCAUCAUCAUCACCAUUACCAUCACCAUCAUCAUCUCCAGGAAGAGGAAGAGAAGAAGGACUAAAGAGAGAAGAAGAAGAUCAUGAAGGUGGAGGAGGAGGAGGAGCGGCUCUUCAUUUUGAGGACAGAGCAAGAGCAGCCCAAUAUCCCACUUUCAUAGGGAAGCAUAAACUGGCAGCUUCUAUAUCCCAUCUCCAUAACCAAAUCGACAUCAUCCAGAAAGAGCUGACCCAACUUGAGACAGUAGGUGAAUCCUCCAUUGUCUGCAAAGAGCUCAUUGCCAGCGUUGAAUCCAGUUCUGAUCCCCUGCUUCCAUCGACUAAAGGUCCAGCUGAUGUAGGGUGGGAUAGGUGGUUCAGAGGAGCCCACAACUCAAGAAACAAUCGCUGGAUCUAA